AGGUGCAUACAACUGGGUACUGCCUAUUUAUUUUUCACAGGACUGGUGCUCUCAGGGGCACUCAAUGAACAGUGCAGCAGGAUUUAACCCAGCAUCUGUGGGCGCACCACCAAGGACAAAGCUGUUGAGGCAUACAUCAGUGGUUGGGGUGCACCACUGUCAUUUGGCUUUACUGCUACAAUUGUGAGAUCCUGUUUAGUCACAAGACUUUGGUCAUUAUCACCGGUAAGAUGAUGAAUCUCAAGUUACAUGCCCUAUAAAUUGGACCAUUUAAUGAGUCUUUCUUAAUUCACACUGGAGCUGCUAGGACUCUACACUGGAGAGUAAACCAGUCUGGUUUACCUUUAGCUUUAAACGAUGUUCUCUCCACAGCUGCACAAAAUCUUAGUAGUAUCUUUUUUCCUGCUCUCAUUCUGUGCUCAAGGUAACCUUGCAGGAUUUCUUCCAAAGUUCUCUUUCAAGCAUUUUUUUGGAGUUAGUAACGAUGGACGACAAACACCAGAUCUCAAAAACCUGGCUCUUAGUGAAAAUGGGGACGAUAUCCAUCAGUUAGCAUAUCGGAUUUCCAGACUGGAAGGAGUCCUUCUCUUGAACAAGAUAAUAACACAGUCUGGAGGAAAAAUAUUUGCUACCAAUGCGAAAAGAGCUGAUUUUGAUGCUACAGUGGAAAAAUGCAAAGAGGCUGGAGGCUCUAUUGCCACUCCAAGGAGCCCUGGAGAGAAUGAUGCUAUUCUGUACUUCGUGAAAUAUUUUAACACCUACGCCUACCUGGGGAUAAAACAAUCUCUUAUUCCAGGCAAAUUCCAGCUCCUGAACGGUGCUUGGCUGAACUACACUAACUGGUACCCAAAGGAACCUUCUGGCCGAGGGGAGGAGGAAUGUGUGGAGAUGUACACUGAUGGCACUUGGAAUGACAAAGCGUGCAACAGGAAUCACCUUAUUGUCUGUCAGUUUUAGUGCUUCCCUUCCCCUCUCUGGAAUAUGCUUCCCUAUCACUUGUGUCUUCAUUUGUAGCUAGUGAACUUAGAUAAUGCAGCAUGAAAAAAUAAAAUUCACUCUUCCCAGUCUGAUCUGCCUUUUAAACAAAUGCCAACCAUAAAGAGGAAACUGUAUAAUGAAA